GCGCUCUGGCGCUGCAGUCGUCAUAAACACGAAUCGGUGAUUUGGGUUCGGCUUUUACACGACACGUGUUUUAAAAGCUGGAAAAGUGACCAAAUAUUUACGCCUAACCUUAUUAAACUAGGCCAAUUUUUAUUCAAAUUGAGAAAUGAGUUCCAAGAUGAGUGGCUUACGGGGUGCAAGACGAGGAGUGGUGCCGGACGACUGCCCGAUCAAUGUCGUGCAGAUCAGCGGCUUGCCUAUGAUGAAAAUGAUCAAACACUGCCACGAGGAAGGGUCUGGCGCCGUCGAUGUGGCUCAGGGCGCCCUUCUUGGGCUGGUCGUCGACAAGCGUUUGGAGAUCACAAAUUGCUUUCCUUUCCCUAAGCAAGAUGACGCAGCCGAUGAAGGUCUAGAUGACCAGUAUCAGCUGGCAAUGAUGAGAAAGUUGAGGAGAGUGAAUGUCGACCACUUGCACGUUGGAUGGUACCAGAGUGCUGAUGUUGGCAAUUUCAUCAGCCUUCCCUUGCUGGAGUCUCAGUAUCAUUAUCAGAAUUCCAUCGAUGAGUCUGUGGUCUUAAUUUAUGACACACAAAAGACUGCCCGAGGUUUCCUUUCCGUGAAGGCCUACCGACUCACCCCUCAAGCCAUAGCCAUGUACAAGGAAGAAGGCUUCACUCCUGACGCCCUAAGGAAUUUGAAAGUUGGCUACGAAUCCUUGUUUAUCGAGGUGCCUGUCAUCAUGAAGAACUCGACGUUGUCCAACAUUCUUCUUAACCAACUGUCCGAUAUGGUGCCUGAGGAGGAUGGACUUGGUUUCCUCGAUCUUGGAACCUCUUCUGUUUUGGAGAGCCACAUGAGGAGUAUGAUGGAGCGAGUGGAUGAAUUGAACCAGGAAGCCAUCAAGUUCAACCGAUACCAGCAGCAGGUGCUCCGCCAGCAGCAAGACAAAUAUAGAUAUAUGCAGAAAAGGGCGCAAGAAAAUGCAGCCAGGCAAGCUAAGGAUGAGCCUCCUCUGCCGGACGAGGACAUCAACAAGCUCUUCCGUCCGAUUCCAACUCCGCACAGGCUGAACCCUAUGAUUGUUGCUGGACAGGUCAACGCCUACAGCUCCCAUGUGGCCCAGUUCUGUUCUCAAGCUAUGGCUAAGUUGUUUGUCACACAGUCUCUGCAGAAGGCUAAGGAAGUCACUGGAACCUCCAAAUCUGCACAGUAAAGGUAUAAUAGCAACUCAAAAUUGAAAUUUGUAUUGCUUUAAAUAUAAUUCGGUAUUAAUAAUGAAA